GUUUAAUAUUAUUAAUUUGAUGUUAUUACAGGCGAAUUUUGCAUGGUGGGAACUUGGACACGGUCGUUUUAAGUUUAAUCAUCCAUGGAAACUCUACUUGAACAUCGGUAGCCUUGUCAGGGAAUGUGCUUGCCAAAUUGAAACACUUAGUGGUUGCAUAAAUUCAAAAUCUCAGGUUGUAUGCGAGUUCCAACAAAAGAUCCAACCAUCAUGUGUGGAAAUGAGCAUAGAAUCAAGUAAGGCACUGAGGGAAUUAGCUGAAGCAAUUAAAGAAAUGAGAUUCCCAUCAGCAGCCGUUGAAAUCCAUCUACAGAACUCCAAAGCUGCAGCUGAGGAUCUUAAAAAAAUAAUGGAGAAUUCCUCACUGCCAACUAUAGCAGGUCUUCAAGAAAUUGUGCCAAUUCUUGUGAUAGCAUCAGUGCUGAUCGACAUCAUUAAAUUCGUAGAGAAAAUAUCAACUUCUGUUGAUGAACUAUCGCAGAAAGCAGGCUUUAAACAGAGGAACAAACAAGCACAAGUGAAGCCAGUUCAUGAUCAAGUUGUGAUAGAUGUUGUUGAGAUUAAGACAAACGACUCACCGUCGCAGAUCUAGAAUAUUCCUCUUCAAUCAAUGCAUAAUUGAUUAGUCCUCUAAUUGUCUAUUUUCUUGCAAUUAUGUGAGGGAUUUUAAUGUUAUUUUUCCACUUGUAUAUAAAAUUGCUAGGAAAAUUGGCCUAACUAAAUUGGUGGUUGGAGCAUCAACAACACGGCCAUCUAUGUUGGAGUGGGAAAGAUCGAAGAGCUUGCACACGUUCAUGUGCGAUGUGCACAUGCACUUUUGUUCUAAUUUAUUAUAGAAUAAAAACAUGAUUAAAAUUUUUA